UGGACAGGCACGUGACGACAACACCUGGGCGUGUCAACAAGUCAAGAAAACUGACAUUGAAAAUAACAUUUGUGUUACCAGCGAACAGCUUGGAGAUGCAGCUCUUAUUCUGAUAACGAUUUAUACACAAAUGUACAGAUAUGGCUAAAAGCUCCUUAGAUAAUAGAACUAUCGACAAUGGCCUGGCUGGAAGCAAAGAGAUUCAGAUCGAAAGAAAUUGGCUGAAAGAUAAGAAUUUUGACAAUAGAGACAACUCAGAUCGAUCUAAAGAUAUAAACUACACAUUAGUCAAGAAAAACAAAUCUCAUGGAAACGCUGAUUUGGGAAAUGCUUUGCUCUUAAAGAACAAAUCUACAAAAUACAAAUAUAGUGAUAACAAAGAUAGUGAUAACAAAGAUAGUGAUAACAAAGAUAGUGAUAACAAAGAUAGUGAUAACAAAGAUAGUAAUAGCAAAGAUAGUGAUAACAAAGAUAGUGAUAACAAAGAUAGUGAAAACAAAGAUAGUGAUAACAAAGAUAGUGAUAACAAAGAUAGUGAUAACAAAGAUAGUGAAAACAAAGAUAAAGAAAGCACAGAAAACAUUGGAGACCAGAAAUGUGAAUCAAAUGAAAACAACAAUAAUGGCAAUGCUCCGGUGAUGAAACCCGAGACACCUACUAUCCGAGAAAAUAGAAACACAUAUCAGACACCCGAAAAUUUUAAUGGAGUGUCCAGCGAGCCAAUUGGGAACGAAAAUUCUACAAAUAGGACCGAAGAAAGUCGAAUUAUUGUUAGUAAUUUUUUCAUGAGUACACUGGUUUCCUCUUUAAUAUUAAGCUUCGUUCUGACAGUUGUGCUAAGAUGGCUUCUCACUGCUCUUGGUUUCCCGCCAUCUGGAAUGCUGCAUAAAACGUAUGCCGCGAGCCUGAUGUCAAGGGCACAAAGACCUGGGUUUGCCAUGAAACUUGUUGCGUCAUUGCAGUCCUGGGUUACCGGUGACAUUGAAAUGUACGUCACUAUCGUUCUAGCUGUAGCACUCGUCAGUUUUGCUUUGGCCCUGGUUAUCCCCAACAGAGGUGGCAGAAGAGGCGGCGCCAGAGGGCGCGCACAAGAAAGAAACUAGGACGAAUAAAGCAUUAAGUUACAA